CUCCUUUUUUGACUUUUCAUUCACCUUCUCUUGACUAUUUUGGGACGCUAUAAUUUAAUUUCUUUAGCUUUUUUCUUCUGUGUUCUCUCACUCUCCGUCUUUCUGCACCUUCUUCCUCUUUUUCUCCUUUCUCUUCUCUUCUUUCUUCUUCUCUCUUGUGGCGUUGGCUGCUUUGCUCCAUUUUGAUUUACUUUCCCGCUCUUCUCUUCUUCUUUGGAUCUUCAAUUUUCUCUAGUUUCUAUAAAAAUAAUCGCAUGUUAAUGUACGCAAAAGGAAACGGUCUCGUAAUUUAACGCGGGGAGGGAGGGAGGGCGGGCGGCGCAGUGGGGCGCCAAUGGGGAAGGCCACGAGGUGGCUCCGCAGCCUCUUCGGAGGGAAGAAGCCUGAUGCCGACGGGACCGCGGCGGCCAAGGAGAAGCGGAGGUGGGGCUUCGCGAUGCCGCUGCGGGAGAAGGCGCAGCAGCGGUGGAGGGGAGCGCAGUCAGCGGCGUCGGCCGUGGUGGGCGCGGAGGAGCGGAAGGGGUCGUACAGGGAAGCUUUCGCCGCGGCGGCAGAGGAGGACGAGGAGGAGAAGCAGAGCAAGCGCGCGAUUGCCGUCGCCGCGGCUACCGCUGCGGUGGCGGAGGCUGCCGUGGCCGCCGCGCAGGCCGCGGCGGUCGUCGUCCGGCUGACCAGCAGCGGAAGGGCCCCCGUAGGGUUUUCCCCGGUCGCGAUCCGCAAGCGGGAGGAAGCCGCGGCGAUCAUGAUCCAGGCCGCGUUCCGUGGUUACUUGGCAAGGAGGGCAUUGAAGGCGCUGAGAGGGCUUGUGAAGCUACAGGCACUGGUCAGAGGCAACAUUGUCAGGAAGCAGGCGGCAGAGACCCUGCGGUGCAUGCAGGCCCUGGUGAGGGUCCAAGCCCGGGCCCGGGCGUGCCGUGUCCUCAGAUCGGAGCGGUGCAGGUUCGAGAAGGCUCCCACCUGCCAUGUUAGGAGUUCAUCAAGGCCAGCUACUUCUGAUUCGAACAUCCAGGACCGAGUAGGAUUGAACUGGUUGGAACGGUGGAUGGAGGAACGCUACUGGGUCAGCCGAGGGGCUGUCAAUGCGAAGAAGUCAGGCAAUGGUGCUCCCAUGGACGACGAGAAGAAUGCCAAGAUCUUGGAAGUUGACCCAGGGAAGCCACAAUUCCACCACAAGAGGCGCAACGCCCACAACCACUCCUCCUGCUCCACGCUGACUUCGGACCCAAACAGCCACAGCUUCCUCACUGCGCCGGACUCGCCCUCCGUGGAAUCCACAGCAGCCCAGCACUUCGUCCCCAGCCAAACCUCAGUCGAAAUGCAGCAAUCUCUAAGCCACUUGAGGUUCCCUUUCGAGUCAGGCGGCUACGGCGAGAGCCCUCAGUUCUACUCUGCCUCGUCGAGGCCCGGGAGCUCGAGAAGAGGUGCAUUCACUCCUUCGAAAAGUGAGUGCUCUGGGAGCCUCUUCAGUGGCUACUCGGACUACCCAAACUACAUGGCAAACACCGAGUCAUCGAAGGCGAAGGUGCGAUCGCACAGCGCCCCUAAGCAGAGGCCGGACCGGCACAAUCCCACAGGGCCGUUGGCUCAGAGGUCAUCUUCUCUACAUGCCAAGUUCGCACACAAGGCUUACCCUGGUUCAGGCAGGCUGGAUAGAUUAGGCAUGCCAAUAGGGACUUGAUGAACCACCAAGCCUAGUUCAGAAAGCAAUGCACUCUUAGUUGAUGGAGUCUAAAUUUGUCCAGUCGCUAUUAAAAGUGUUUAAAAAUGCAUUACAAGUGUUUAACAGCGCUAGAUUGCUGUUUAUCUCUUAAGCUUAAAUGAAAAAAAAAGAGUAAAAAAAAACAUCUGUUUUCAGAAUGUAAGCUUUUCAUUAGUAUCAUAUCGCCCGAAUCCUUUUAGGUUUUAAAUAUUUGAAAAGAGAGAUGCUUCGUUGUACUGGAAAGUAAGCUUUGUGAAAGGUUUGAUUUCCCUCCUUGAACUC